AGCAUGUUGUACUUCCAGGUGGUGAUUCUCGUGGCCACGCUGAUGCUGGUGUACUACUGUGAGUUCACAGACACGUUCAGACCGGUGCUUCAGGGCUUUCAAUGCAAAGACCCAGCCCUGAGUAAGCCCGACCCGGGACCGGAGCAAAGCAGCCGGGUGCAGCCUGUCGUCCUCUACUCGGUGGUGUGGGGGCUGCCCGUGGUGCUGAUUUCUGGUGUGGAGCUGGUCCUGUUCCUGCUUCAUAACUCGGCUCACUUGUACGACCAGGACAAGGUGGUGAUGGUGGGAGACUGCUGCUAUGUCAACCCCAUGGUGCGCCGGACCUUCCGCUUCAUCGGUGUAUAUGCGUUUGGCCUCUUCUCUACGGACAUCUUUGUAAACGCGGGACAGCUGGUGACAGGAAGUCUCACCCCUCACUUCCUGUCGGUGUGUCAGCCCAACUACACGGCUCUGAGCUGUCAGGACACGCCCUUGUUCAUCAGCCAAUCAGAAGCCUGCACUGGACCCACCCCUGAUGUGACGAGAGCGCGGAAGUCCUUCCCCUGCAAAGAGGCGGCGCUGAGCCUCUACACCGCACUCUACCUGACUGUGUACGUGAUGUCAUGUGUGAGCACCCGAGCAGGCCGCCUCUCUGCUCCCCUGUUCUGCCUCUCUCUGCUCACUCUGGCCCUGCUCACUGGCUUCAACAGGGUGGCCGAGUAUCGUAACCACUGGAGCGACGUGAUCACCGGACAGGCUGUAGGAGGUGCCAUCGCUGCCUUCCUGGUGGUGUUCGUGGUGCACCUAUUCAGAGACGACCCAGAGGAAAUGAUCAGGAGUACCUCAGACAACACCAUCCACACUGAGGAGCAUGUCCCUCACAUCAACCACAUCGACGAUGAUGAGGACAAGUACAUCAUGGCACAGUCUCCAGCAUCCUUCAACGAGGUCACAUGACUAUGACCCAACAUUGUCCACACCACCACUGAAGCUACUACUGCCC